AGAAGCUCCAGGGAGUUGAACUCACCAAAUGGACGUCUAAGUGACAUACUAUGGAGCAAUGGGAGAAGAAACACUCUUGCUGACCGUAUAUCAGACCCUUUGCAACGAGGAUGCAGAAAUCCUCUUGCUACAUUCCCAUUGUGAGACCUGCUACCCUGUGGAAGAGAAACAUAUCCCAUGCAAAUCCCAGUCCUCCUCAUGAAAGAGCUGCCUUACCUUGCUCCAGAUUCACUGAUCACAUGAAGAAUUUCUCUGAAUCUCUUAAACUUAGAAGUUUAUGUUUUCUGCACUUCCCAGUGUCUCCAGGAAAGAUUCAGACUCCAGUGGCGUGUGAAAGCCUGCUUUGUGCCCACCCGCACACCAUCCCCAGGUCUCCUGUGGUGAGUGUAGCUUCUUCGGAAGAAGAGAGCCAUGGAGAAUCCAGCUCCUCCCGGUCACCAUGCAAUGAAUGCGAUGGGACCCUGGUGAUCCCCACUGUCAGACGAGAAAUUAGGAGAGCCAGAGGAGCACCCAGUGAGGCCUGGAGCAGUCCCAUUUUGGCAAAGCACGUGACAAAAAAGCCUGUUAGAUCCCAGUCAGUCAUUCCCUUGCACCUGGAGGCUGCAGGUACGCACAUCAGUAGGCACGCGAGACUUCAGAACCCGCCCUCCCGCAAUUCCAGGGGAGAUUCUGCCCCACUCGGUCCCGCAGCAAGGCCUUACACGGCCAUCGGCCUCUGCAGGAGAAGCCAGACCCCCUUGGCCUCGUCGGGGGUUCCCCGGAGCUCCUCGGAGCCGGAGCCGGAGAUGGAGGACAGGAAGGCAGCCCCAGCCUCUCCUAGGCCGGGGGUGAAAGCUCACUUACACUGACCGCUGCGAGGGAAUUGUCCGCGGGCGCUGCCCAUCUUCCAAUCAAUGCCUGCCCACGA